UAUUAUUCCAAGCGUUCCUUCAUAGUACAAGAAAGAAUCAAAGAUUACACUGGAUCCAAGAAAAAGAAGAAGAAGAGCCAUCGACAUGGCAAGAAGGCCAAACGUGUGCACGCUGACGGCAAACCUUCAUCCAGCAAGGAUGUUCUAGUCAGCUAGAUUGUUUCCAUAUGGUUUUUUCUUCUUCUUUUUGCUCUGACAUGUUCCAGAGCCCCACCCUGUCUUUUAUCCCACUCCAUCCCAAGUUUUUCCUCUCUUUCACUCAAAUCCCCAGUCCCUUUUGUUUUCUUUACACUUCUGCCCCUUUCUUUAAAUAUCACUCGUUGCUUCUCUCAAACCAUUCCUUUCAUGCAAAGUUCCCAUCCCUUACCCAAUUUUUCUUCUUCUUUUCCUACGCGUUCUUUUUCUUCCUCGAAGGAUAUUUUGUACUCUAUACCCUGUCUCUCUAGAAGGAAUAAAGCUUGAAAUGACAGCUUGCAAAAUAUCAUUGUACAUGCGGCUGUUUUCGGUAUUACUUUCGAUGUUCAAGA